AUGGCUUCCAGCAGUGCGGCGGGCCCUUCGCAUUCGCAAACCAUUGCGCCUCACACAGAGUUUUUCCCUGACAUUGCACUCGUGCUUCCCAACAAAGGGAGCAUGGCUCGCGAUAUGUUGGCCAACGAACGCAACUUUUUGACCUUUUUCAAGUUAUCUUGUACGCUUACAGUGCUUGGUUUCACCAUCUUGCUCAAGUUUCGAUUUCCUAGUGGGGGUAGUACCGACGACGAUGACGGAGAUUGGGCCGACAACUCAGUUACGGAGCCCAUCGGUUACUGCUUUGUAGCCAUUGGAUUGACAUGUUUGUUCGUGGGAGUGCGCAAGUACUUUAUGACCCAGCUUCAAUUGGCCAAGCAAGUCAGCUUUCUACCACAAGGAAAGAUCGCAUUCGGUGCUGUCAUCACUAUCUUUUUCCUCGCAUGUAUUGUUAUGGUCCUCGCUUCCCUCAAUUCCGAUCUCUUUGUUUCACCAAACAAGUAA